AUGCAUGUGCUAUGGGAUAUGCUCUAUUUCAAAGGACAAAUGAAGAAUGAAAAAGGAGAGCCGCUAUUCCCAGGAAUCGUCAACAAGAUAAAAGCAGCGCUGUAUCCUCCUGGAUGGUUCCCAGGAGUUCCUGUACAAUCAUUCUUCCACUGGAUGAGCCUUGUCGACACGGCCUACGGAGUUCCUGAGCCUGAAAAACCCGUCGUCAAAUACAAUCCGCCUUUGGAAGCCUGGAUAAAACUCUAUUUGGUCGGACACUUCACACUGUUAUUGGCGAUAUUCCUACAUUUCGAAUACGAUCGAGCAUCGAUGAGCUACGUGGACUUUACGCUGAAAAUCGCGUUCUUCCUCGUCACAAUGCAGACCUUCGGAGCGUUCUUCGAUAGAAAGUAG